UGCGCACAACAAGUCUUUCGCUGCUUCCGCGCCGUCGAGCGUGUCGGGGACAAGAUCACAGGCGCAGCAGGUCCCUUAUUCGUCACUCUCGGGGUCGUCUUACUCUCAGUCGGCGCCGGAUGCUUCUUCGAGGUUGUCCGUCCGACUCUGCCUCUUCCAUGGCUUACGACGCCUAUAUGCAUACUCAUCGCCUUCAAUCUGUUCAUGCACUAUUUCUGGGUAUGCCUCGUUCCGCCUGGGUAUGUGAGUCUAUUGGAUUCUCCGCGAGGACGUGGCUCGGGGUGGUUAUGGGCGAAGCCGAAGACGAGAGGGGUGCCAUUGAGCGCAGAAGGCAUGCGGUGGAGCGAGGAAGUGAUCAUCACGAAGGCGAACGUAACGAGGUGUAAGAAGUGCAAGAUUUUGAGACCAGAAGAGAGAGCGCAUCACUGUCGAAUAUGCAACAAGUGCAUCCUGAAGUAUGAUCACCAUUGCCCAGUACGGGUAAACCAAUGCGUCGGACUUCACAACGAGCGGCACUUCGUGCUCUUCCUAGUGUACAUGUCUGUCGCCACGUUCUGCUACGCCAUCUCCGGCUGGCGGUGCAUCCUCGCCGCCCUCGGGCUAACCAGCGACGACGCCUGGCCAUACUACUCUCCGCCCGUGUUCUUCAUCGCGACCUACGUUCUCUCCGUCGUGCUCUGCCUCGCAGUCACCAUCAUGACCUCGUGGCACAUAUGGGGCAUUGCGUGCGGGGAGACGAGUGUGGAGAGCGCGGACCACGUGCAGUACCGCCGGACGGCGACGGAGCGCGGGGAGACGUUCGUGAAUUCGUAUGACCUUGGGAAACGGAAUAACCUAAUGCUGUUCUUCAACGUCGGCCCGGAUGGAUAUCCGCUAUACACCUUGCUGUUUCCCUUCCGAAUAGAGCCGUAUACGGAUGGCUGGUCGUGGGCGCGGAGACCUGGACAUGAACGCCAUUCGGGCGUGCGAGAAGGCGAAGAACUGACAGACCCUGAAGACGAGGCGUAAUGUCAAAAUGAUGUCUACUCUAAUUGCGUGAAAACUUUGAUUAUCGAAGUGCUCGCUAUGAGCUCUAUGAUGGUCUUCACUCUUAACAGCAUGGCGUUGCGCACGGACAGACCGGUAUGCACUAAGUCAUGGUAGUCUGCUGCACUGAAUACCUCUCCACCUUGGGAUAUCGCGCUUCCUACAGCAGAGAUACAUCAGACCUAUACUUGAUAGGCCUCACAAAGUUCUCGCCCAGCACAUCAAACUCACUGUAUCUGUCAGAACUAUGGAGGAGGAGGAGGCGCGACAGCGUGUGCGACACUGCGAUCGUGACGGAGCGCCCGUGCGGCUCUCUCGCAGAACGCUGAUUGUGGCGCAGCCGUGUAAUACUUACUGGCAGCUGCUUGCGCAGUGGUCCACACUUCCUGUCCAAGAGUUUAUCUUCUCAUGAAUGCACAGUUCUCAAGAUGCAACUCUGUGCCAUGGUGCUGAACACCGCGUCCAC